AUGCAGGGCCAGAACUCAGAUGAAGAUCACAUCUGCUACUAUAUGGCUAGAAAACGACGGCUGGAACGUGUCUAUCAAGUUGCAGGUGAAGCCAGUCAAGCUCGAGACCACUUCCGGCUCUAUCAGGCGAUCAGACAACUUGCACCCAAACAACAAUUCUGUCGGUUGCAAAUCAGAUCAUCAGAUGGCAAUAUCAUGACACCUGGACAGGAAGCUGAUCUUUUGGCUCAGUGGUUUACCGAGCUCUACCAGGACACUGAAUCACCACCUGCUCUUCCCUUCAACUGGCCAUUCACCAGUUCAGAAUUUUGUGAAGGACUGCGAUCCCUGCCUCUACGGAAGGCACUUGCCCCGGAGUAUGUGCCAUCACCAUUUUGGAAACUGACAGCUCAACAGGUCUCCACUUAUUUGGAUCCUGCCCUACAUGAAUGGAGCUCCAAUGCCAGGUUUCCUCAGUGCUGGAGUGAUGGAACCUUGGUCUUCUUGCCGAAGACCAAAAAGAGGACACAAACACCCUCUGAACUACGUCCCAUAUCGUUGUUGGAACCAUGCGGUAAAUCAGUCAUGGGCAUGUGCGCAUCACAAAUCUUGGCUCACACUUGGCAGGAACUUCAACGAUGGCCGCAGUUUGCAUAUCUUCCAGCCAGAGGUGUAGACGAGGCUCUUCACAGAAUCCUUCAGCAUUGUCGGAGAGUAAGGGAUCUCAUUGACACAUAUCAAUUUCGUGUCCACAUGCAGGCUCAGGGGCUGGAACGUUUGCAUCUAUGUGGAGGCCUGACCAUAAGCCUCGACUUGACCAAAGCUUUUGACAUGGUCAACAGAUGCCAACUGCUGGAAGGUCUGAACCAAUUCAACAUCCCUUGUGAUCUCAUUGAACUACUCAAGGCCAUAUAUCAACAUACUGCUUUUCAAUUUCAGCACAAGGGAGAGUCACGCAGCUUUGAAACCCGUCGUGGAAUCCGUCAGGGGUGCAGAGCUGCACCGACAUUAUGGGCAGUUUUCUCAGUGAUGAUGUUACGUGCCAUUGCUCAUCGGAUUUCUUUUGACUGGGUACUUGCAUGCGUCACUUUGUUUGCUGACGAUGGUACAUUUCAUCAGGUCUUGGAGAGUGAGGCUGAUUUUCACAGAGCGAUCAAAUUCAUUGGUAUUGCACUGGACACCAUUGAGAGCUUCAAUAUGAAAGUGAACGUGAGCAAAACGGUUGCAGUGUUACGCAUGGUGGGACCACUGACAAAGAAUCCAGUACAUUUGACUCAUCUCUCCCGUGUGGCCUUUCUACGGGCAUAUGGUGCAGAAGACCCGCUGCUGCUUUUGUCGGAAUUGAACAGCGCCACUGAGCAGCGUGACUCUCAGAAGAGACAUUGCUUGGAUCCCCAUGACGUGAUCUUACUGACACCAGCCAAAGAUUUUGCAGUGCAAUCUUCUCUCAUUUGGGAGGUGUGGCAUCGUCGUGGUUCUUCUCGUGAAGAGGAUCUGGAACAGGUGGAACACAGGCUGCGCAUCCAGGAGCUGCUACAAGUGGCGCGAAGUCACCAGCUACAGGCGUUGGCGAACAACGCUCAACUGCUAGCAUACUUCUAUACGAGAUGUGCACUGUGCAACACCUUUUGUACCACCACCACUGGGCUUCUGCAACACUGGAAGAUGGAACAUGAUCGGGAAUUUCGACAACAUGAGCCAUUCAAUACAGCUCUUCUUCAAGCCUGCAUUGAAACCAAUCCUUGUCAAUUUUGUGGUGCCUGUUUCAAACGAACACAUCGGUGUCACAUCAUUCGUCAAGUGGCACUUUUGAUGGUUCAGCAUGGCAUUGACAUGCAAGUCAGUGAAGAUGCAACCUCCCUGACCUGUCCUUACUGCCAGAAGGUGUAUACGACACGGCAUGGACUUCAAAGCCACGUCAAUGUCUACCAUAUGGCUGAACAGGCCUGUGAGCACUUCAAACCUGAAGAAGUGGAAAUGUACUGCCUCGUUCAUCAGGCUGUGCAGACAGAGGAGGCCGAGGACCUACUCGGCAACCCAUCGAUCCAGCACUUCUUGGCCAACACGCUGUCCUUCGAGAGACAGCAGAUGCCACAAGUGGUUGCGCUGCCGCCUGAUCAACUUCUCAGUCCUGAGGACUACAUCGAGCCGCUGACCAGAUUGGGUCAUGUGCAAGCUCUAUACAAGAUGUCACAUCUGAAGUAUCAGCUGUCCACCAUCUGUCAGGUUUGUGGAUUGGCUUGCGAAAAUGCUGAAGCCUUACGAUUGCACCUUCACGCAGCUCACAGUGACCAUCUUCAGGAGGUCCAGACGCUGCGUGAGCUUUUGGUCUGGACUCUGUUUGGAGAUCUGGGGUGCUUUUGUAACCCCAGCCAUGGCUGGGGCACUGCAGCUCACGAGUGCACAGGGCUGAUACAGCUGGCCUUAGUCAUCCAUGAACUCAGGAUGCAAAUCGUGGUCCCAUGGGCCUUCAACUCCACUGACGUCGUGCACUUGUUGUCCGACAUGAUGCCACUGCCUUCAGUGCAAAGAGUUGGACUUGCCUUGAUGUCACGUCAAUUUUACUGGAUAUGGCAAGACCCGAUUCUGCUCAGGACUCUGGCGACCAGGUGUCUGUUGUGCCAAGAAGCUGUGGACUUACAAUGCAUUCAUGCACAUCUUCGAGUUUUCCAUCAAGUGGAACCUGAGCGUGUUUGGUACAUGGUUCAACAGCUUUGCCAGGUAUACGCCAAUCUCAUGAUGGAGGGGGCUCACUGCGAAUGGUGCCGGGAACUGAUGCCUAGCUAUUUCACAGAUGAUGAGCUGCAGUAUGACCCUGAAGAGCACCUGAAGUCCUGCCCAAUGAUGACACAAAUGGCCCUCUUGUUGAUGAUGCCACGUUGGUCCAAACCAAUGCUACCUCUUCAUACAUGGCCACGCCAGGAAGACAUUGCAGAGAAUCAUCGCUUGCUGGAGCUGCGCAUCUGGCAGCACAAUGCAGACCCCUCAGACACAUAUGGCAUGUCACUUGACAUCAUUGCCAAAUCUGGAUUAGAUUUUGCGCAAGAUGCAUGGAUUGCAGAUGGCCUGAUGUAUCGGGUCUCCGACGCUAUGGAGGAUCAGGACUCUAUGGUCAAAAUCUGGGGCAAUCUGUUGACAGAGGCUCAAUUGAAGGGCCUAGGCAUCACCGAGAGCAAUCAACAGACAUCGAACAAGAGGCACAAAGGGGACAAGGCGGACAACAAAGGCAGGAGCAAGCCUGCCAGCAAGCCAGCCUCGGAAAUGAUGUCGGUGCCAAAAGACCUGAUGAUCAACAUGGCCAAACUGGUAUUGAAACACGAAGACACCUUAAAUACUCUCCUACAAGAGUCGGAGUUCGUGCUUCAUCUUGCGCCAGGGGAAGGUUCUCUGCUUCCACUCUUGUUGAUGAAGAGCCAGGAGUGGCACAAGGGACCGAAAACUAUCCCCCUGCGCCACACAUUGGCGGUCUCGAUGAUGAUGGUCUUGGAGGAGCGCCUCACCAAGUUAGCCAACGCGGACACGGCUUCAGAUCUCUUUCAAGCGUGUAUCCAGCAGAAUUUGAUCACCAAGGAGAAGACAAUGCCGUACCUGCGUUGGGAUGCGAGUCAAUCCCGACUGACACCCAGCAACGCUCCGCAUCUACCACUGGAACAGGUCCAGAGAUCCCUGACCAAUAUCCUCCGAUUGAUGGGGGACAAAGAGGUCACGCUUCGAUAUCAUGCACUCAAGAGAACCCCGGAUUCCUCACCAUCUUCUCAGCCAAUACCUUGGCUAUGGACGGUGAGCAUGCGUCACACUCCGGAGCUGUGGAACGAGAUAGCCAAUCUGUGUUAUCACAGCAUUUGGCGACUCAUACUUGCCAACCUCAAGCCACAAAGCCUUCAGAGACAGCCGCUGGCUCAACAAUUGGGCAAAAUGCUUCAGAAGUGA